AUGGCAUGGCCCCUAUUUCCGACACCAAAAUCACUCUCUGGCAAGGAGGAUCCGUCUCAACUUGUUGCUGUAAUGACAAGUGCUGUGAUGAUUGUGUGGAGAGCACUGGAGGGGGCAAAUUUGAAGCUGAUGCCUCCUCCGGCGUAUAGAAUCAGCCUUCAUCUUCCCAGAAUGACUGUCGGCAUCAACAAGCUUAGGCCAAGACAAGGAACCACGGGUGUUGAGCAAGGUUGUUUUCUGGGUGGUCUCCGCUUGUCAGACAGCGAGACCCACUAA